CAACCUUGAAUGUUAAAGCAUUCUAUGAUAAAAAACCUCAUAAAGAAAACAAAACUUGUACUCCUCCUACUCCUAUCCCUGAGGAUGCUUGUUGUAGUGAAGGAGGAAAUGGGAGAAGUUAUGAAUGGGCCGUUUCAUUAAAUUACAAACUUAUUGACAAUGUAACUGAUCCUGAAACUUGUUGUAGAGCUUGUUAUAAGGAUCCUGAAUGUUUUUCAUGGCAAUUUCAGCCUGAUUGCUAUAUAUACUUUAAUGCAACUGAAGAUUGUUUAUAUCCAAGCUAUAACACUGCGAAUGAUUCGCAGGGUACUAUUCGUUGCGGUUUUUGUAAAGCAUAG